AUGUCAUUCUCUCCGAACAAUUCAAAUGAUGCAAAUGAUUUCUUUAACCAAACUUUGGGAAUGCCGAUAAGUGAGUGUCAUGAAACAUACCUUGGUCUCCCUGCCUACUCCUCUCAUAACAAGCAAGAAUUGUUCAGUAAUGUCAAGGAAAGAAUUUGGAAACUCCUUCAUGCUUGGAAUGAAAAACUCUUUUCCAUAGGAGGUAAAGAAGUUCUUUUAAAAGCGGUGGUUCAGUCUAUCCCUACAUAUGCUAUGAGUUGUUUCAGAUUGCCUGUUGGGUUUUCUAACCAAAUAGAAUCCAUGAUGGCUAAUUUCGGGUGGGGUACAAACAAAGAUGGUUCAAAGAUUCACUGGAAAAGAUGGAAAUUCCUAUGCAAAUCAAAGUUUGAGGGUGGAAUGGGUUUUCGUUCAUUUGUCGUUUUCAAUCAAGCUAUGCUAGCGAAACAGGCAUGGAGAUUAUUUGAAAAUCCAGACUCCCUACUAGGCCGACUCUUGAAGCAUAAGUACUUCUCAUGA